AUGAACUGGAUCGGCCUCCUCGUCCUGCUGACCGUGGCCGGGCUGGCGCACGGGACAUGGGACAACUGUGGAUGGACUUGUGGACUCCGACCCAUGGUGUCUGACUCUAUACCUCAUGACUACGGCAUGACACGCAUCGUGGGUGGCACAGGUGCCCUGCCAGGGGCCUGGCCAUGGAUGGUCAGCAUCCAGUACCCCUGGCGUUCAGGCUUCGAACAUUGGUGUGGAGGGUCUCUCAUCACUGCAGACUGGGUCCUCACAGCAGCCCACUGCUUUGACAAGUUUAAGAAAAUUGGCAUCCUGAAUGUGGUGAUUGGGGUCACCCAGUUGACUAAGCCAGGACCUGAGGCACAAGUGCGCCGGAUUAAGAAGCUACUUCGUCAUGAAAACUAUAGGAGAAGUGAUAUAACUAAUGACAUUGCCUUGCUGGAACUGGACGAGCAUGUCCAGUGCAGCCCUUAUAUCCAGCUGGCCUGUGUAGCUGAACCUGCCCUAAGAGUCUCAGAACUGCAAAACUGCUGGAUAGCUGGCUGGGGUUCAACCACAAAAGGAGGUCAAGACUCAAGUGAUCGCCUCCAGGAGGCCAAGGUCCAGCUCAUCGAUGUCCAACUCUGCAACAGCAGUGGCUGGUACGCAGGGAAAAUCCAUACCCACAAUUUGUGUGCUGGUUACCCAGAGGGAAACAUUGACACCUGCCAGGGUGAUAGUGGUGGUCCUCUCAUGUGCCAGGACAACCACGCUGACACCUGGUGGGUUGUUGGAGUGACCAGCUGGGGAAAAGGCUGUGCCAGAGCAAAGCUGCCUGGAGUUUACACGUCCACUCAGUACUUCUAUGACUGGAUUCUGGCCCAGAUGGGGCUGAGCCCAUUUAGAAGUGCUUUCUGA